GUGACAAACUGUAACGCUAGCUAAAUGUCACGCAACUUUCUGUUGUUGUCACUCGUGCGCAAAGACCGGCAGAAAACCACCAGGACUACAUUUUUAGGAUGCCRGUAAUUGAAUCUUUCUAAAUGUCUAGCCAAAUAAGCGAGUUCAUUCCAGCUGCAUUAGCGGGCUGUUGUGCUUGUGUUUUUACAAAUCCGUUAGAACUAGUGAAAACUCGAAUGCAACUGCAAGGAGAGCUACAGAGUCGUGGCUCGUACGCUAUACACUACAGAAAUGCUUUCCACGCAUCGUACACGAUAGUAAGACACGAAGGAGUACUUGCUUUACAGAAGGGACUUUUUCCUGCUUUAUUGUAUCAAGUUAUUAUGAAUGGAUCCAGACUUAGCUCGUAUCAAAUUAUGACUAACUUGGGACUGACGUCUGGGAAAGAUGGCCGACCUGUUUUAUUGAAGUGUGUAUUCGCUGGUGGAUUUUCUGGAGGAUUGUCUGCCUUUUUAUCUUCACCUACGAUGUUGCUAAAAACUCAGUUCCAGGCCCAAGCAGCCAACUCUAUUGCCGYGGGCUUUCAGCACAACCAUUCUGGCUUUACGCACGCCCUUCGAGGGAUUUACAACGAASGCGGGAUAGCUGGUCUAUGGAGAGGGUGCAGCGCUGCCGURCAAAGAAACACCAUUGGCACAGCAGCUCARCUAUCUACAUUCGACGCUGCUAAAUAUUACAUUCAAGACAUCGCGAUAUUCCAGAACAAUAAAUUCCUAGCRACUGCGACCGCGAGCCUUGUCAGCAGUUUUGCGGUAGUCGUUGCCAUAACACCGUUCGAUUUCGUUAGUACAAGACUCUUCAAUCAAAAGACUGACCAAUCAGGAAGAGGCUUGCUGUACAAUGGGAUAUUUGAUUGCUUUCGUAAAGUGUUUYAUAAGGAGGGAAUUCUAGGGUUUUAUAAGGGAUUUGGGCCUCAGUAUUUAAGGACUGGACCUCAAACAAUYUUAUGCUUGAUAUUUUGGGAAAAAUUGAAAGAAAUUCACCGGAAGAACUAUCGGAUCUAACGCUAUGAGUAGAAUCAGGAGGGUAAAAUUAGCCCGUGUACAUCCGUUUCUCUUCUACACAGGCUAGGUAAAAUCACCCUUCCGCCAUUGGACUGACUAUAAAUUUUCUCCGAGUUAGACCGAUCAAACUCUCUAAGAGCGUCUAGCUAUGUAAAAUCUAUCCAGAAAGACGAUUAUGAAGAGGUUCAAGAGCAUUAAAAUAUCAGAAUUUAGRGRAGCGACAUGUAGACUCGUCUUUAGCGAGCAUCCGCGUAAUACAACURCUAAAUUUAUGCGUAUCUGUUAAUGARAUCAGCCAUAUAUUGGGUUAUUUGCCACCACCUAAGGCUGAAGUCUUAACGYGAUAACAACUUGCGUCAUAAAUGUGAAUGAUAUAGAGAAASCG